UCCAAGUUGUUCUCCAAGGCGACCUUAAAGUACAUGUGUACUACCCACUUCUGGGGCCCAGUCUCUAACUUUGGUAUCCCAGUUGCUGCCAUUUUGGACUUGAAGAAGGACCCAGAAUUGAUUUCCGGCCCGAUGACUGGUUCUUUGGUUAUUUAUUCCUUGGUUUUUAUGAAGUACUCCCUUUCCAUCACUCCAUGGAACCCGUUGUUGUUCGGCUGCCAUGUUGUCAACGAAACCGCCCAGUUGGCCCAGGGCACCAGAUGGCUCAACCACCACUACUUUGGUGGUAAGGAGGCUUCCCAGAAGGAGGCUAUUGAGGCUAUUGUCAAGACUGAAUAGGGUACUGGCGGAGCUGCUCGUUUGGUCUGAUGUGUGAAUUAGCGGGGAAAUAGCCCUAUUUGUAGCGAGAUCCC